GAGAGAUUGUUGAGAUUGUUCAGUUGGCUUUGCUUGUUUUGCUUCGAGAUGUGCAUGCGAGCUGCCUCGCACGCACAAUGCAGUUCUUGAGGAGUUCACAAUGCAGGAGUUGAGUCUGUACCUCGCAGACGAGGUAACUUUUACAGAUAAAAUGUUUCUACUGAUGGACAGAGGAUCUCUUCUCACAAAGCCAGUUGCUUGCUUGUGUUCAACAGGAAACCAAGCAGCCUAAAAAUUUAUCAACCAUUACAUGUAACUGCAAGGUGUUAACAUAUCACAGUUGUCUCUCAGAUGGAACUCCACGUGCUGUGAGUUGAUAAAUUGGUGUGUGACGAUUUGGGAGAUCAAUUCCAAAGGGUGCUUUUCAGACAAUGACAUCUCAUCUGUAGCAAUUAGCAAAUUAUAUGAGUUGUUGGACAGGAAGUUGGAAAGGCGGAGAUUACGUGGAAAUGUUCUAUUUCUGACUAGAACGCAACUCUCCUUCUGAUGUGAGGGUGUGUGAGGAGGAGUAUAUAGAGCAAGCUCACCAGCUCACUUCAUCAGUAUCGAGGAUAUCGGUCAUCAUCAUGUUUUCAUUUUUUGUAACAGUUCUUGUGCUCAUUCAAGUCAUUGCUACUUCUGGUUGUCAAAGUGUGUCAGAUGAUAGAAAUCAGCAGACAUGUGUGUCUGCUGGAGUACACUUGGAUCACCUGGAGUUAAUGGAUCAUCUAGACGAGAUGGAAAGAAAGAGAAAAGGGGAUGAACAGAGAGAAAGGAUUAGUUGGAGAUGCUGGUGCACAAGGAAUAAAAGGAGAAGAAGGAAGGAAAGGAGAGAAAGGAAUAAAGGGAGAGAGAGGAUUAGUUGGAGAUGUCGGCAGUAAAGGUAAUGCUGGGAAGAUAGGUCCACAAGGUCCACAAGGGAUAAAAGGAGAAACAGGAAGGAAAGGAGAGAAAGGAGAAGCUAUGACACUCAACUGGAAACAGUGUGUGUGGAAUAGAUAUGAUCAUAAGGACAGCGGUCUGAUUCAGAACUGUAAUUUUAGGAAACAUGACAGCAAUUCAGCUCUACAUGUUGCAUAUGCAGGAAAUCUCAGGGUUCUGUGCUCCAGUGGUGAGUGCUGUUCUCGAUGGUAUUUUGCAUUCAACGGUAACGAGUGCAGUGGACCUAUGACUAUUGAGGGAGUUGUGUAUGGUAAUCCAGCUAAUGAUAAUCCUCUCCAUCACAGACAGAUUGAGGGAUACUGUGAGAACAUUCCAGCAGGUCAAGUCACAAUUGGAUUCAACAUUGGAAACUGUAACAAAUUUACAUCAACAACGUAUGAUGGCCUUGCAGAAUGGAAAUCAGUAUCUCGCAUUAUGAUUGCAGAAGUUCCUCCAUCACAAAAGUGACUGAAUUAGAGAGAAAUUAGAACUUGUGUUCAGUAUAGUUUGCAGUACGUACAGUACGAGGUAGCUGAAGUAGGAGGCUGGAUGGUGCGCAUGCAUGUCUCUCUUUGCCAUAUGAUUAACUCAAAUUUAUUGUACACGUGUACCUGCAACAUUCGUCAAUUGCAAAGUUACAGAACAAA